AAAGUCCCAAUUCACACGCGCUCGCGCGGGCCUGGGGUCGUCUGACAGACCCUUCGCAGAUCCCCUUCAGGGUUGCGGCAAAGCAUUUGCAGCAGCAUGAUCUGGGCCAAUCAUUGAAUGUGUCUGCCAAGUCUCUUGCAUCCUUGCUUGGUUGAGCGGAUUGAUGGGCAGGACGUGAUGCCCCACUCGGUCCUUGAUACAAAACCUAUAAAACCCCAUCAGUCCCGUUGAAGUAGAUACUGGGCCGCAACCCAACUUCUUUGCCAUUUAUUCAACAUCAUCCUCACCAAUAUCUUGAUCUGGUACCACCUCGCAAUGGUUAGCCACAACACCACCGCCUGGACCGACGGCGAGAAAUACUCCCUGCUCCUCGAAAUCAUCACGAAAUCCAACAUCAAACCCAACUGGGAUGAAAUCGAUCUCCCCGAAGGCCGUACCCGUUCUGGCGCCGAAACCAUCUUCGCUCGUAUGAAGAAAGCCAACAAGACCUCCGGUGGGAAUCGCGGGGAGCACGAUGAAGAUGAGGGUGCUCCCCCGUCUCCGAAGAAGAGGAGGGAGAGUAAGGCUUCGGUUGAGGGCGACCCGGACGAGAAACCGGCGAAGCCAAGGAGGGGGUCGAGUGUUGCUGGGAAGGGCAAAGGGAAGGGAAAAGGGAAGGGGAAGAAGGCGGUCGCGAAGGAAGAGAGUGCUGAGGAGGAUAUUGAAGGUCAUGAAGAUGCUGUUGUAGGUGAAGAUGAUGAGGUCGCCGUCUAAUCUUCGUCGCCAACUGGCCUCCUAUUUGUUUCAAGUUCGCUGUUGGAUUGUAGGUUCAACGUGGCCAGUCAGUGGAGAGCUCUCGAAGUAUCAACCGUCAUCUUACAGGACU